UCAGCAGCGGUGAGUUGUCGCUCUGUGUGACCGUCACUGAGUCCUGCACACCGGGCGCUGCGGCCAGGCGGGCGGGCAGGACUGCAUCGGAACCGGUCUCUGGUUGCCUGGGGACGGGAACUGGACCUGCCUGUGCCUGAGGGGAGUUUUAUCAGAAAGAUGCUGGCAGACAUGAUUGUUGAAGAGGAAUUUGAGAUGAAGGAGGAGGAACCGUGGUACGACAAGCAGGACCUUGAGCAUGACCUGCAGCUGGCCGCAGAGCUGGGGAAGUCUCUCCUGGAGAGGAACCGGGAGCUGGAGCAGGGCCUGCAGCAGAUGUACACCACCAACCAGGAGCAACUGCAGGAGAUCGAGUACCUGACGAAACAGGUGGACCUCCUCCGGCAGGUCAACGACCAGCAUGCGAAGGUAUACGAGCAGCUUGACGUUUCCGCCCGAGAGCUGGAGCAGAGCAACCAGAAACUGGCUUUGGACAACCGGACGGCCCAGAUGAAGAUCCACGGGCUGAUGGAAACUGUGGAGCUGCUGCAGACGCAGGUGGAGGAGCUGCAGCUUCACGUGGAGGAGCUGAAGCUCACGUCGUCUCAGUCCCAGAGGUCCGCCUGCGGAGAGAAAUGGCCGCCUCGCGGCACGCGGAGUGUGUCCUGCCUGCAGGAGCUGCAAAACGCACACAGGUAUGACCCUGACCCGGACGAACGUUCGGACGACCCCGACGUGUCCGCCGCGUCGUGGCGCGAGGAGGCGCAGGCGGCGCUGCAGCAGUCGCUCCGCGCCCUCCAGACUCAGUUUGCCGCCGAGCGAGCUCGGCGCGAGGAGGCGGAGACGGAGGCGGAGCUGCUGGCCAGAGAAAACGCAGCUCUGGAGCAACAGCUGGCGAGGAUGGAGGGAUGUCAGGCCAGAGUGUCUGAGCUUGAACAGGAGGCCGAGGAGCUUCGCCAGCUCUGGAAAUCGCAGUCCUCCUCACGGUCGGCCGAGUCGGACGUCAUCCGAGGCCUGCUGCCUCACUCGCUGCUGCUCAACCCAGAGGAGGAGCACGACGGAGAGCCGGCUGCGGCUAAAAGCCCGGCCGUCCUGAAGCGCUGGGCCAGCGAGCGCCUGAUGAAGGCCGCCCAGGCGCCCGGCUCUCCCAGCAGGAUCUACGACCACGAGUGCUCCUGCGUACGUCGGCCCGAAGUGGUGAAGUACCGCGGCAUCUCGCUGCUCAACGAGGUCGACGCCCAGUACAGUGCCUUGCAGGUGAAGUACGACGAGCUGCUGCGUCGCUGCAGCCGUCAGGAGGACCUGCGGUCUCCCGCGCCGGCAGAGGCGGAGGACGGCGGGGACGACUUUCACCAACCAGAGUACAAGGAACUUUUUAGGGAAAUCUUUUCUCGCAUUCAGAAAACCAAAGAAGACCUGAGUGAAAACAGAGGAGGAGCCUCAGUUCCUGAAGCGCUACAAACUCCAGAAUAAGUUUCUUCCCCUAUAAAACCAGCAGACGGAUUAGAUGUCGUCUUCCAAGAACAAAAAAAACGGUCUUUGUAAAGACUAUAAUUUGCCCGGAUGGUGACUGCGACCAAACGGUGAUUCAGAGAGAAUAAGGCUCAAUAACACCAGCUUCAGUGGCUCCUUUUGCACAGAAACACCAGUGCCUAAGCCUUUCGUCUGCGCCGUACAAUCGCUCUACCUCGCAGCUGUGGUCGCUCAGGCGGGAAUCCUUCUGGGACACAAUCCAUCCUCUUCCCACCAACCAGAAACGAGACGCACCAAUCAGGCUUCUCCUGGCUCAAAUCGAUUUCUGGCUGUCUCUGACCUGCUAAUUCAGAUUUUUUUAUUUAUUUGUUUGUUUCGUUUGUUUAACACAUAAAAAAGAGAAUAAUGUUCGUUGAUGGAUUUAGUAGAUUUUAAAGACAAUGAAGGAAUUAGAAUAUCUCAAGUUAUGCAUCUAUGCAUAGCAUUUAUGUGUUUAUCUGACUUAUUAAACUCAAAAUGCAUGUGGUUGGUUGAUGUGUUUAAAGACCAAAAACAAAAAGCGACGGUUCUCAGUUGUAAUGAAUUUUGUGAACGUGAUCGUCGGGUCAGAGCCGACAGUGACCUAUAAGUUCUGGUGAGGCACUCGGUGAGCUCCAGGAAAGUGUUAUUUCUGAUAAAAUACGGGCUGUGACAUGUAGCCCUUACCUGGAUUUUAAAAUAGAGCUGAUCUAAUUCUCACUGAUCUGAGCAUCCAGACAGCCUUUUAUGACACAUCUGAAGUGGAAACCGUCAUCUGUAUCACGUUUAAAAGUACAUUCACCAUCUAGGAAAACGUCUCAUACCGUAAUUUCUAGACCGUUAUAAACUCUGCCACAAAAAAAUGUUGCAGUCAAAAGUUUAGAUCUUUAAAAUGGAAAAUUUAUGGAAAUUCUGAAAGUUUCUGCCUCGGUCAUUGAAAAUACCAGAAUAGCUGCAGCAGGUUCACUUUAACGCCUCAAAAGCAUCCCUGAGGUCUAUUGAGUUUCUCCAGAGACCUUAACAAGAAAUAAAGAGAAAAAAGGGUUUUAAAUGGGUUUUUUUUUGUGUGUGUAUCUAAUUUAUUCUGGAACUGUAAAAUUGACUGCUUGUAGUUUGCCUGCUGCCUUUAAGACCCACUGAUGCAGCCAUAGACAUUAGUGUUAUUAGCAUUAGCAAGGAUUUCUGUAUCCAUGUACUCUGAUUAUACUUGAAUUGCCCUGUAGCUGAACUGUCUGAAUGAAUUAUCGUAGAAAAAAAAUUGUCCGCAGUGUGGACUGUGUAAAAGCUUCAUGAAGGAAUGUGAAUGGACGCAUUUGUUGCCGCUGUAUUUGUGUGUCCUUGUUGAGCUGAAAGGCUGUGCAUCGUAAAGCAGAUGCUUUUUAGAAAUGCUCCAUCAGCUCUGAUGGGUUUUUUUUUUUUUUUUUUUUUUGUGGCGUUUUUUUGCUAACACAAUGUGCUCUUUCAAGGUGGACCUCACUAAUGUGCACUGAUGUAAUUUCAGCUGUGAUGUUGCUCAUAUGAGCCAUAAAAUAUUAAGCAAGCAA